GGGGGGGAGGGUCAGAGCCGAGGACUUUCUGGGCCCAGGGAGCUAGAGCUGUCCCUGUGCUCCACUGUGGGGCCCCGUGAGCCAUGUGUACCAGCGUCGGUGUGUGUGAGAAGUCAGGGUGGUGUGGGCGUGCGGUUGUUGCCUUAUGCGAAUUUUGUGGGCUUACAGAAGGGUGGGGAGGCUGAGAGAGGUUCCAAUCCAGCAGCUCAUAGUGAAUGCCAAGCCUGUGCCGUUUUCAGGCCCACCCACCAACCAGGAACUCGGAAGGCUCUCCCCCACUCCCAGAAUGUAAGUGACAUAAAACCCUACACACCCAACACGUGGCAAGGGCCACCACAGCUCAAGUCUCAGACCUGCUUGGCCACUGCACUGGAUUGCUAACAACUGCACCACCUGCACAGGGUUUGGUAGACCCUCCAGUUAUGUGGUGCAUAUAUGGUGAUUUGCAAGCUUUCUCAUGGGUCUUUUCAUUCCUUAGCUCCAGGCAAGAUUGGCCCUCAGCCCCAACCUGGGACCUCUCAGGAAGUAGGUCCCAGCAGAUUCAGCCAUGAGGGUCCAGAUGAGUCCUGGGACUGAGUGGUUCUGUCCUUCAGGUUUCAGGCCCUUUUUGAUGCCCAAAUACCUUAUGCCCUGGGCCCAAAUACCUUAUGCCCUUGCUGGGUCCACCAAUGUCUGCUUUCACCUAGCCUCUGAUCAGGAAAGGUCUGGCCACUGAUGCCUGAGGAAUGAGUGGGAGUAGUCACUACAGAAAGUAAGGUUCCUUUGCCUUGGAACCUUAGCAUGAUGGGUUCCUGGGUCCAUGCUGAGAUGUCUUGGGAUGAGCUUCCCACUGGGCCAGUAGAUUGAUUCAGCCUUACUGUCAUGGGGUCACAGGGUAUUCAUAUCUCUUGUCCUCUCUUAUUCUUGACUCAGACCAGGUAUUUGCCACGGUCUUGGAGACAAGGUGGUUUCCAGCCUGUCCUUUCCCAUCCUGAGCUGCACCCUGACCCACUAGCUUUGGCCAGCUGAGGCCAGCCUCCGUCAUCUCCACCCCAUCUGAUGCAGGAGGAAACUGGGCUGAAUCAGGAUGGAGUGAGCCAGGAGCAGGAGACAGGCUAAUCCAAAGGAUUUCUGACAGCAGACCUGAGGAUCUCCCCUUAUCCCUGCACACAGCCCCUUCUGGACUCACAGAAGAAGCCCACAACACUCCAACUCCUUCUCCAGGAAACAGCCCCAGAGAGCACUGUCCACAAACAGAACAAUGGUCCACAACUCCAGCCAUAGCAAAGGCGUGGUCUAUGCAGAUAAGACCCUGAGGGAGCAAGACAGGGAUAGGGAAGGAGUGUGGGUAGGAGCUGAGGGAGCCUGGGCCCCCAAUACCUCCUCCCUGUUCCCCCCUGAGCCUCCGGAGACUUCAGGCAGCAUCAUUCCAGUCUACUGUGCCCUCCUGGCCACUGUGGUCCUUGGUCUGCUUGCCUAUGUGGCCUUCAAAUGUUGGCGCUCACACAAGCAAAGGCAGCAGUUGGCCAAAGUUCGGACUGCAGAGCUGGGGGGCUUCGACAGGGAUCAGAGGCAUGGUGAUGGCAGUGUCUCCCUGGACUGUCCUACUGGUCUGGAGCCUGGUGCCUCCAGCCAAGGAACACAUCCUGACCUUGGCUGCAGACUUUACCUUCAUCUCCCUCGGCAGCAGCAGGAGGAAGCAGAGCGGCUCCUAGAGGUGUUGGGGGAACCUGACAAGGGCUGGCGGGGCCUGGCAAGCCAUCUGGGUUACAAGGCUGAGGCUCUGGAGACCAUGGCCUGUAGCCAGGUGCCAGCCCAUACUCUGCUGAAGGACUGGGCUGCCCAAGAAGGCAGCAGAGCUACCCUCAGAGUGCUAGAGGAUGCCCUGGCUGCCAUAGGUCGUGAAGAUGUGGUCCAAGUCCUAGGCGCCUCAGCUGAGGGUUGCUCUGUGGUGUGAUUCCACCACAGCUUGCUCUCGUGCUCCCUACCACCUCAACUCACAUCUUCCCCCUUCAUGGGCUUCCUAGCAUUGUUGGCUUCAGCCUUUUCUGUUCUGGAAGAACACACAAAAUCCAGCGACUACUUACCCUUGCCUCCCCUCCAAAAUAGACCAGAAUAUGGCAUUGGGGAGCGGGAGGCUGAAGCACUGAGGAGUUCUGCCCUCAGAACCCCACUCCACCUUCCUUUGUUUAGCCUCAGUGAGUUUUUUUUACUUUUGUAUCACACAUUAAAGGCAACUUUGAACCUUUGUGCUUCCUUUCUUUGACUCCUUGGGCCUGUAAAACAGUUGAGUAACUAGCUGUGAGACAGAGACCCUGAAAAUUGCCUGGGGUAGUCCAUAGGAUGUGGGAAGACCCUCUCCAAACAGCAGCUAGGAUGGCAGGCAGGGCAUUUCUACAGAACAUGCCUAGGCUUUGGAUGCCCAAACUGGAGUUCACAUCUUGCAUUUACCCUUUACUGGUUGGACCACAAUGGGAAACUAUUUUACCUUGCUGAACUUCAGCUUCCUUAGGUUCUUCAUCCCUAAGACUCCCAAUAUUGGUGAUUUCAGGAUCUUGGGUUUGAGAUGAUUUUCUUGACUUGUACUGUGAUCAGCAUCAAAGGGGGCUGAAGGCCCACACCACUAGA